UCGAGAAGCCGAGUGAUUCAGUUAGUUGUGUUGAAGGUUUCUUAUUUUCGUAGGCGUUUUCAUUUUGUGAACAAUGUACACAGUGGCAAUCUGAUUGGAUUGACCAGUUGGAGAAAUAAGUUCAUAUUUAAAGUGUAUUCAUUUGUUACGAUUACGAAUGAAAGAAUCGUUUGAAUUUGGAAUACGUGAGCUAGCUUGUUUUUUGAAAAUUUCGAAAUAAAAUAGUCGACAAACGAAGCACUGCGAGAAACAAAGAAGUUCAGUUUUACUACACUGCAUGUAUUUGAUCAGCGUCAUAUUCAUAUCUUGCUUCAAUUUUAAUGUUGAUAAUGUUGUUUUGAUUCUACACUCAACAAAAGUGAAUAUUGCAAAAAGUUCGAAUGUGAAAUUUGUGUCGCCACGGAAAGGAAGAAAGUUUACUAGCAUAUGUGUGCGUUUGUGAUGAUAUGCUAGGCCGCGAGCAAAACUGAGCGGUGAAAUAGCUGUAUAUUUUCAUAGUCGUAGUUACGGCAGCUGAAAACCUGAAGUGCGAGUGAUGGAAAAGCUGCAGCAGGAGUACUACUGGCAGAAGUAAACGCUCGAAGAAAUUAUUCAAUCGUUUCGUCAUCACCACUCAUUGAGCAAAUAAACAUCGUGCGAGCGUUCCCUCGACCAUUUUUCGUUGUGUCGAAAGCCGAGCAGAAGCUACAUCGGACAUCGCCUAGAACCGAACCGGCUUAUUUUCGUAUCAACUGGCUACUGGCGGUCACACACAUUAUCUGCUGCUGAUAUCGUCGUCAGUCGUCGACGUCAGCCACUUGCUGCAGUCUAUCAGUCAAUCAAUCAGUCAGUCUACCAGAGGAUGAUGCAUCAGCAUCUUCUCAAUCAGUGAACAAUGCAGUGAAAAGUGAGUCUUCGCCACCACCGCCGCCACAAUCACAGAGCUUAUGAGGCUUGUUGUUGUUAUCAGCCGUAGAAGGAAGUACGGACUUCAGUUCUGCCGGGCGGAGUAAUUGAAAAAUUGCUGCACCAAAUGCACAAACACAUCGUCGAUUCGAGCCGUACAACGUAGAUGUUAGUUCGUUCCUGUUUCACUUUCGUUGGUGCUCCGAGCGGAAAGUUGAAGUUGUGUUCUUGUUCAUGUUUCACUCAGUGCACGUUAGUCGUUUGAUCAACGAGAACCAGUCGAUUACGAAACUAUGGAGUAACGUUGUAACACAGCGUCGACUGAUCUUUGAAACAGGUUGAAUCAUAAACAGAUCGCCGUUCGUGCACUGCCAGCAAUUUGCUAGUUUUGUUGUGAUUCACAAACCGCACGUGUGCGUUUAGUUUACUCGACAGUUUAGGGGAAAUGUUUUAUGAAUGAAACGAACGUGGCUGCCUGUGUGACUCAAGUCGAUCUCGGAAGGAACACUACAAUAACAUUCACCACCAGCUGCCGGAGAAUGUGAAUGGUUUGUGAAGGUCUAGUAGCUAACAAAGUGUUUGUGAACAGAAGUGGCGGAUUGAAAUAAAAAAAAAUAUCACAAUGCAAUAUUCUCGACUGAUAAGUCUUCGGACACUAAGUUUAAGUACGGUGCUGUUUGCCAUUUUGGUUGCCGGCCAGCUGGAUAAGGUUGUCGUUGAUGACGAUCUGGAGGGACCGAAUGUGUGCAAAGAGGUCGAACAGUUCCAACUGUUUGUCACUGCCCCAAGGGAGGUAACGUACCAGGAACGCUACCAGAAGUGGUGUGUUGCCGUUCCACCUCGCUGUUCCGCGUACAGAGUGAAAACUAAAAUCGUCAACGAAACCACGAGUGUUACGAAAGAGAGAAUACUGAAAAAGUGCUGCGGGGGCUACGAGAAGGACCAGACUGGGCUGCGAUGCAGACCGGUUUGCACCAGAGGUUGCAAGCACGGUGAAUGCAUUGCCCCCGAAGAGUGUCGCUGCGACCAAGGAUACGUCGGAAAAACGUGCAAUAUAAAUUGUCCACCGAUGCGAUGGGGUUCGGAUUGCAGUCAGAAGUGCGAAUGUAAAAACAACUCGACCUGCAACGCACAGGAUGGUCGAUGCCAGUGUCCGAAGGGUUACCGCGGUCAGUUCUGCGAGUUCCAGUGUCAAUCCGAUCGGUUCGGGCAGGACUGCAACGAACUGUGCCAGUGCCUCAAUGGGGGUAAAUGUGAUCCAGUGUCCGGGGAAUGCUACUGUGCUCCCGGUUUCACCGGACCAUUAUGCGCCCAGAAAUGUCCGGAAGGUAAGCAUGGCGAACAGUGCCGUUCGGAUUGUCGCUGCCAGAACGGAGGAAGCUGCGACUCGCAAACCGGUGAGUGUGUUUGUCCUGCUGGUUACACUGGGACGGUGUGUGCGAACCGCUGUCAGGGACAGCGGUACGGUUUGCAUUGUGCAGAAAAGUGUGAAUGUUUCAACGGAGCCGAUUGUAACCAUGUCACGGGAGAAUGUAUCUGUGCACCGGGUUUUAUGGGAGCAAAGUGUUUGGAUUCGUGUCCGACUAAUAACUACGGCAUAAACUGUACCGAAACGUGCCGCUGUCUGAACGGAGCCGAGUGCAAUUCUGCAACCGGCAAGUGCACCUGUGCCGCCGGCUGGACAGGAGCCGACUGUGGCCUCCGGAUCUGUCCCGAUGAUCGAUUCGGAGCGGAUUGUAACGGUCAAUGUGAAUGCAACGAAAAACAUACUAAAAUGUGUCAUCCGUGGACUGGAAAGUGCCUCUGCAAGCCAGGUUGGAGUAGUGCCUCUUGCGACAGGCCAUGUCCAUUUUUGCGCUACGGACAGGAUUGUUUGAUUCAUUGCAACUGUAAAAAUAACUCACCUUGCAGUCAUAUCGACGGAUCGUGCAACUGCAUUGCCGGUUUCAUGGGAGAAAACUGUGAAGAACAGUGUGGCAACGGAACGUUCGGUCAAAACUGCAGCCAACAGUGCGAGUGUAUGAACGGUGCCUCGUGUUCGGCGGAAAGCGGCCAGUGUUUCUGUUCGCCGGGUUGGCAGGGAAUUCGCUGUGAUCGACCGUGUGACACCAAUUACUAUGGGAAGGAUUGUACGGAAAGGUGCAAGUGCGACAAUGGCGGUGUCUGCAAUCCGGUCAAUGGCCAAUGUACGUGUCCGGCCGGGUGGACGGGAGAGCGUUGUGACAAAAAGUGCGAAUCCGGUCGAUUCGGGCAAAAUUGUUUGCAAAGCUGCGAUUGUCACUUGGAUAAUACGCUGGCUUGCAAUGCUACCACGGGAAAAUGCAUUUGCAAAGCGGACUGGGGUGGCGUUCGCUGCGAAAGCCGUUGUCCCCUGGGUUACUACGGUGAAACAUGCGACGAAAUCUGUGCGUGUCACAAUAAUUCCUCGUGCGAUCCGAUCUCGGGAGAUUGCGUCUGUUCUCGUGGUUGGACCGGUCCGACCUGCAAUGAUCCGUGUCCGGACGGUUUCUUCGGGCAUGGCUGCAAAGAGCAGUGUCCCGAUUCGAAGGCGGGCAAUACGACGUGUGACCACAUAACCGGUCAGUACACGUGUGGUCCGGGAUACAUUGGCACUACCUGUGAACAUCCGUGUCCGUCUGGAACGUACGGCAUCGAGUGUCGAAUGAAGUGUACCUGCCGGAAUGGGGGUGAGUGUUCUCACGAAACGGGCAUGUGUCAAUGUCCACCAGGAUGGACCGGAGCAAACUGUGAAGCAGUAUGUCCGAACGGAUUUUACGGUGCGAACUGUAGUCAGAAGUGCAACUGCAAAAAUAAUGCUAAAUGUCGGAAAAACGAUGGCCAAUGUAUUUGUGAUCCCGGCUGGAUGGGAAACCGUUGCGACGAGGUUUGUCCGGAGGGAUUCUACGGUAAUCACUGCAUGGAGUCCUGCAACUGUCCGCCAGGAAACUUUGUCUGUCAUGCGGCGAAGGGUUGUGUGUGCAGUUUAGGGUACUACGGCGAAAAGUGUGACAAAUCGCGCGCGGAAGCUAAGGUGCAGGAAACCGAUGAUGCUUCCAAUGCCGGUCUUGCCUGGGGUCUGGUGCUGGCCAUGAUGUUCGUCGGAGUCAUCGUCGCCCUGUUGCUCUAUCAUCGCAGACGGGUGGCGAAUUUGAAGGCCGAAGUCAGUCACAUCGUCAACUACAUGAUCCAGGAACAACCGGGCCACUUUGACAAUCCGGUCUAUUCCGCUUAUCAGGGACAACCGGGAACCGGAGGAGGUCAGUCCACGACCGGUCGAAGUGCGACCGACAGUAACGGCCUACUCGCCAACGGCUCGUUGAUACGCAACAAUCUGCGGAACCCGAAAUCGAAUCUGGAUAAAUAUCGUUACCCGGAGAAUGAAUCUCUUGGGACCGAUCGAUCAUACUCCAUUCAAUUUCUCUCGGAAAGCCAGAAGAAUUUUGAUGCCGACAUGACCAACCCGAAUUACAACACAAUCGAUGAUAAGGAUCAUGUCUACGAUGAGAUAAAGCACAAAGAUGGUUACAAAGAUCUCGACACUGAAUACGAUCAUCUAGAUUACUCUCGACCGGGAAGUUCGCACAAGGCGCACUAUUUCCGGAUGACCAAUCCAUUAAACAGUUCACCGAAGGAAAUCAACGUGCUGCGAGAGAACGGCACCAUCAACAAUCUGUCGUCGCCGGGUCUGACCGGUCGUUUGCCGUUGGUAAUCCCACCGCUAGAUGAGGCAAUUGGUGGUGGUGGUGACCUCGGAGCCGAUUGCGGUUCUUCCUCGUCCAACUCGUCUCCUACGCCACCGCCCCUUCGAGCCGUUACCACUGGCAUGGAUAGCGGCAAUCUGUACGUGAAAAUGAACUCCGAAGGUUCGUCACCGGCUGGCAGCGAAAAGGAGUGCAACGCCAGUAGUAAGAUUCCCGAGCUUCAACUCAACAUCAAGUGAACGCGGGAUUGCUCAGUUUUCCUUCCUAUCAGUCGUAAUUUUAAAUGUAAUCACUGAAUCAAUCGCAUGAAAGUCAUGUUAGUUUAGUUAAUUUACGUUAAUAAUAGUAUAAUUCCGAAAAUCUACAUUUUAUCGAUUAUGAUUGUGAUAUAAAGUUUGAGUGUUUUUUUGCAAGUUUGUUAAAAGUAAGCUUAUUAGUUUCUUUUCUAGCGUUGGAAAGCAAAUGCAAGAAUCUGAUUAGACUACUAACUAGCAAUUGAAUGAAACGAAACAAUAACCGCGAACGGUGGCAAUUUAUUAGAUUUCCCUGCAAGGUCUAAGAAGAAUAUAAUUGUAUUACAUAGUGUGCCAAAAAGCCAACUUUUUCUCAUACACCGGAAAGUACGUAUUUAUAGCUCAGAAAAUUAGUAAACGGUGCGAAAGCAGCAAAAAAUAUUUACAUCAGUUUACACGUUGGAAUGAUAUUUUGGGAUAUUACCGGAAAAAAACUAAAGUUAUCUAUAUCGAUGAGAGACAGAUUUCAAUCAGUUUUAAACACGACCUGCCCGUCUAUAAAGUUUUUAAUGUUUAUAUAUUGAUGCUGCAAUUAAGAGAGAAUAAGAUACAUAUUUAUAUACAUUUGGAACAGCGAUACAAAAAAAAAGUUGAAAAGCAUUAUCAAAAACAUUUCAUUGUAUGUUAGUUGUGUUACUAAAGUGUAAGCGUUGAAAUCUAUUUUUAAUAAAUAUAGACAUGUA